AUGGCCGAGCCCAAAAAGAGGACCACGGGCGCCCACGUGCUGGUGCAAAACCUCCUGGCCCAGGGCGUCCGCCGCGUAUUCUGCAUCCCCGGCGCCAAGAUAGACCGCAUUGUGGAGGUGCUGAGGGAGACUCCAGACAUCGAGUUGGUCCUCUGCAGGAAUGAGAUGACCGCGGGCUUCAUGGCCGCAGGCGCGCACGCGCGCGCACCGGCGUGCGGGCGCUCGCACCCGGCGCAGCAGCUCGGCAGGGCGCCGCGGCCCGGGCACGGGAGGGCUCGUUCGGAGUGGCGGUGCCACGGCCGCCGCACCGGCCGCGCAGGCGUGGUGCUGGUCACCAGCGGGCCCGGUGUGACCAACCUCGUCACCGCCGCAGCGACGGCUAACUGCGAGGGGGACCCCGUAGUCAUGCUGGGCGGCAAUGCGCCCAUAGCGCAGCGCUACAAGAAGACGCACCAGGGGCUCGACAACGCCGCCAUCCUCAAGCCGGUCACCAAGUUCACGGCCGAGGUGCCCAGCGCCGACACCAUAUCGGAGGUCGUGGCGAACGCGUUCCGCGCCGCGGAGACGGUCGGGCGCCCGGGCGCCGCCUUUGUGUCGCUGCCACAGGACGUGAUGGUGGGCCCCGCCAAGAUGCGCGUCCUCGGCCGCAGCCACCACGCCGGCGGCGCCCACCCCGCCAACGUCGAGCUCGCCGCCCGCCUGAUCAACGGCGCCAAGUCGCCCGUGCUGCUGCUCGGCAUGUUCGCGUCCGCGCCGGCGGCGGCCGCGGAGCUGCAGAGGCUGCUGCUGCUGUUCGCGAUGCCGGUGGUGACGACAUUCCAGGACCCAAUAGAGUAUGACUGCGACCUGUGGAAUGGUGACGGCCGGGAUCGCACGAUCAUCCACAUCGACACCUCCGCCGCUGAGCUGGACAACUGCUACACGCCGGCCGUCGAGCUGACGGGAUCCAUCGCCGCCAGCGUGUCGCAGCUGCUGCCCUACCUCGAGCGCCGAUCCCUGCUGGACGCGUCGCUGCGCAACGAGCUGCGAGAGGCACGCGCCGACCUCAUCGCAGCGGUCAAGGCGCACGCGCGCGACGACCGCGUGCCGGUGCACCCCCUGAGGCUCGUGAGUGACCUCCAGUCGGUGUUCGAUGGCCCCGAUGGGGAGAGGAUCAAGCUUUUCCUGGAUAUGGGCAGCCACCACAUCUGGAACGCGCGCUACCUGGCAGUCCACCAGCCGCGCCAGAUGCUGAUCUCAAACGGCCAGCAGACCAUGGGCGUUAGCCUGCCCUGGGCCAUGAGCGCCGCCCUGGACGCACGAGACCCCGGAAGCACCGUGCACCACGCGUGGAGCGCGGCUGGGGACGCGCGCCUGCCGUCGCUGACGGGCGGCCUCGACACCGGGGAGCGCUUUGUGUCGCUCUCAGGGGACGGCGGCUUCCUGUUCUGCGCCCACGAGCUGGAGACCGCCGUGCGGAUGGGGCUCAACCUGACGCACAUUGUGUGGGUCGACGGCUCCCUCAAUAUGGUUAAGAUCCAGCAGGAGAAGAAGUACGGCCAGAGCUUCUGCGUGGACCUGGGCAGCAUUGACUACGUCCAGUUCGCAGAGUCCUUCGGCGCGGUGGGCUUCCACGUGACAAAGGCGGACGAGUUCCUGCCCGCCCUCAAGCGCUCGUUCUCCAUCCCGCUGCCGGUCGUCAUAUCAGUCGAGGUUGACUACUCCCAGAACGGGGAGCUCUUCAAGGACGUCAUCGACCCAGAGCGCUUCCACUGA